CAAGAGUGAAUAAAGGGAUGCCCGCUGCCCAGAGCACUUUAAUAAAGGGGGAGCCAUGUAAAUAGGGCUAAAUAAAAAAGGAAGGUUAAAUAAAAAAAAAUACAAGCUUUGCCUAACUUUGCACAGAAUCCGCCUGAAUCCAACCUAAAGAUAGGAAACAGAAAGAGAAGAAAAAAACACCACAAAACAGAACAAAACAACAAGCAUUUGUAAGGCCUGUGUAAAAUCUCCAGCCUCCUCUUCCCAUGAGGGACCUGCCGAAGGAAAGGCAUCCCCUCGCUCUGGCAGGUGUCCACGAAGGCACCCUUUCACGCCUUUGCAAGGAGAGCGGCUGCCGCCUACUUCUUCCGCCGCGACUCCGCGGUACCUCUCCCCGGUUCAGGGGCCGACCAGGCGGCAGGGAUUGGCCUUUGGGCGAAGAUAUGGCCCGGCUGCCGGAGGGGGUCACCGCAGCGAUCGGCCUGCCCGCCGCCUCCGGGAAGCCAAACGGCGGCCAGCAGCGCCUCGGCUCCUUUAAGGCUGGGCAGGCGAAACGCGAUCCCGCAGUGAACGCGGGCUUCUGCUGCCGCUGCAGGAGCCGCCGUAACAGCCGCCUCGCCAUAGAAGCGAAGUCCACGCGUGGGCGGCCGGGCUGGCGUCGGGAUUCUCCCGGCUGCGGGAGCUCGCCGGCAAGGAUGGGCGGGGAAGCCGGCCGAUCGCGCUGAGCCCGCAGGUGAGCGAGAAGGCAGAAGAAAGAUGACUAUCUUUAAUAAACUCAAUGUGGGCAUAGCUGUCAGCAGUUUUGCUAUAUUUCAACUUGGCUUUCAUGUGCUAAGUUCUUGGCUAUCUUCACGUCUAACAUCUGGUUUUAACAAUCUUGACCAAAAGAAGAAAAUUGAAUGGAAUACAAGGACAGUAUCUACGUUCCAUGCCUUGGUGGUUGGAAUAUUUUGUGUGUAUAUUUUAUUGUAUGAUGAAGCUGUUAAUGCUGACCGUGUUUGGGGCAAUGCUUCUACAGUGCAACUAAAUCUUGCUAUCACUGUAGGCUACCUCAUUUCAGAUUUGUUGCUUAUUAUUUUUCACUGGAAGGCAAUUGGGGAUGUAUUUUUUGUAAUUCACCAUGUACUAGCUAUAUAUGCAUAUUACUUUGUACUGGAUAGAGGAUUAUUGGGAUAUUUUGCUAAUUUUCGUCUGCUUGCAGAAAUCUCUACCCCUUUUGUAAAUCAGCGGUGGUUCUUUGAAGCACUGGGGUAUUCUAAAGCUUCAAAAGCCAACAUCAUCAAUGGACUGCUAAUGACCAUCAUGUUCUUCUUAGGGAGGAUCAUAGUCAUUCCAAUUUAUUACAACAGUGUUGCUUCUGAGUUUGGAACAGAAGCCUACUACAGAUUAGGAUUUGCAGCUCAAAGCGCCUGGUUUAUCUCCAGUAUCUUACUGGAUAUUAUUAACUUAAUGUGGAUGGUCAGAAUUACACGAGGAUGUUACAAGGUUAUUUGUCUCAUCGGACAAGAAGAAGCCAAAGCUCAUAAAAAUGGCAACACGAAGAAGAGCAUUUAAUAGCAGUUUGGGGUACAUUAAAAGAACAAUGCAGACUUUUGCCAUACAAAGUUCCUCUUAAGGAAAUAUAGUGAUACCUUUCUUAAAUUUAGCAUUUCCAAUAACACACUCCUGGAUCUCCAAAACAUUUUCUUCUGAAGACUUGGAUUGCGUGGUGUCAGAAACAACAACAACAUGCUGCAUAUGUUUACCUUGGCAUGGUGUCCUAAGCAUUGAGCAGUCAGCUGAAUCUCUGAAGGAUCAACCCUUUUUAGCACUAUAUUCUUGUGAAUUUUCACUCAGGUUUCUUAAAAUGAUACAUUUUUAAUGCUUGUGACUGUCAGGUUGUUUACGUUCUGCUAAUAUGGCAACAUUUCUGGCAUGUUUCUUGGCUUUCCUAAUAUUUGGUGUUCAUAUCUGAAGACUCAUCUGCUUUGCAAAUUACUUAUUUCAGAUCUAUACAUUUUACUCCAUUUUCUACUGCCUUACAUGCAUGAAUAGGAUCUUUGGGAUUCAUUGACUAGUUUUACAUACAAAUACAAAUUUGAGCCUGAAGAUCUUUUUUCUUAAAUGAGUUAUUUUUAUUGCUUCUUACGGUAUAUAAAAUAGUAUAGAUGUUUUGAACUUUUUAAAUAUCCAAAUUUCAGCAUCUUUGCAUGGUAAACAGUAGGGGGAUUUUUAAAAACGUGCCAAUAUUCUGUUUCCCUGACACAAGUAUUGGGACUUUGAUCUGUUUUCAGCGUUUUAUAGUGUAACAGAUAACUUUUAUGCUAUGAAACUCCUGAGGGGUAAAGCAUUAAUGAAUUUUGGACAUGUGGAUUGUCACAAGAGCCUCUAUAAGUAAGAAAAGUUACUAAACAGUUCAUUUUAACUUUUCUCAAUUUUUCUUUAAUGCAAUUUAGGAAGAUGUGCUCCUCCAACGAGAAAAAUCAUCCUUCAGCUCUUGACAAUGGCUACUUGCAGAAACGUCACUAAUAUUUAUUUAUUUGUGUAUGUAUUUAUUUAGUCACAGCUAUACCGUUUUAGUUCUAGCAACUCAAGAUGCUUUAUAGUAACCUGGGUAUCGUCAGAAUAAAAGACAAUCACAAAUUAAUUAAAAAGGACAUUACAGUAAUAGUUCAGAUUCAUCAUCUUCGCCGAAAAAUGUUUGGACCAGAUUGGUCUUAAAUUUUUUGGAAAGAAAAAACAACAACAAAUAGUUUCUGCAUCUCAGGGAUCAAGAUAUUCCACAGAGUGGGAGAAUACACACUUCUGAUACCUACUUCUUUCACUUCAUGUAGUUGGGGGAUCCUUUGCCACCUUUCUACGAACGGUAUUUACAGGAUGACUGAUUCUAUUCAAGAGAGGUGCACUGGUGCUGAACUGUGUAAGACAUUAUAUAGGUUAAAACUGGGCCCAGAAGCCUACUGACAACCAACAAAGUGUCUAGAGUAUGGGUGUUAUGCUACUAAAUCCACUUCUCCCUUUUUAUUAGCUAGGUUGAUGCAGACUGGAUCAGUUGCAACUUCCCAGUCAUUUUCAAGUUGAGUCCCACAUAAAAUACUGUACAUUGCAAUAGUCUAGCUGUGAGGUAACAAGGGCAUGAAUCAUAGUUGCAAAUACAAAGCGAAAAGGGAAAAUCUGUAAGAAAAACAAAAUAGUUGAAAAUCUAUUGUUUACAAUUACAGUAACUUCACAUAUGCUCUCCGCUAUUAUGGACUCAAAUUUGUUUUAUAUUGUAAUAUAUUAAAUUGAAUUUACCAAAUCAUCAUCCAAUGUAUUUUUAAUGAUAUUCACCACUUACUCAUCUAACACUUAAUUAUGUUUUGAAUAACAUAUCUUAAUUUACUGUUGAUUUGUUUAUUUGCAUAUUGGGAGAUUGCAGAGAACUGCUUAUUCUUCCCAUCAAUGCAACUUAAUUAUGUUCUUGAUAUUCUAGAAUAUUAUGUAAGCACAGCAAAACCUUAUUCAUAGGUUGAUGACUGUAAUAGCAAAUGUUGAUUUGCAUAUCCCAUUUUAAACUCCUCAGAUAUUUCAAAACAUGUCAAACAUAGUAAAUGAAAUGUGACAUAUCAGGUUUAUACUCAGGAACCAUAUUUUGAUGUUGAUUAGAUGGCUGGUGAGAAGGGAAAUCUCUCCAUAUUUCAUCAGCAAGAGUUACAGUACUUAACUUUCAGCAGUAUCCGGUUGAAAUUCCAUGUGUUAUGUAUGAAUUCAACUGUGAGAUUUUAAACGUAAAAUAUUAGUAUGCUAAUAACUAUAAAUCAAAUGUUAAAAAAUUAUCAAGCAAUUUAAAGUUUGAAUUGAAUUAAAAUUUUAAUGACUGAUCCUGUGUCCCCCCUAGACUACAUCAGAGCUUUUUUCUAGAGAAAAUGUAUGUCAUAAAAGGCAUUAAAAACUGAUGUUGUUGGCUUUUUGAAAUAAUUUGUUUGUAAUGUGCCAUUAUCUUACAAAUUGAUAUGGUAACUUGUACUUUUUUUAGGGAGGAAAAACAAAUGUGUUUAUUUGUGGUGAAAUAUGAAAAGGGACUUACAUUAGCAGGAGCAUAAUCCCUCAGCUAUUUUGAGAGACUAAUUGCAAAGAGAAAUCAAUUGACUUAUGUAAAGAUUCAGGAUAAUACUAUUUGAUUAUAUAGACAAUCUUAUUGUUAAAUAUUUUUUAAUCUACUAAGAAUGCAUUAGAAGGUAGAAUUAAAAAUUUGUGCUCCAUUGGACUGCUGAAUGAGAUAGGCAAUAUAAUUAUCUUUACUCUAAAAUAAAUCUCAGAGAGCCCAAUAUAAUUUACUGCUUAGCAUGCAUAUUACAAGUUGUAGCAUGUACAGUGCGGCCCACAACUCCCACUCAUUUCAGAAGACUUUUUAACACUGGAAACAUUGAUAAUAUCACAGUAUUACUAAUAGGAUUAAUAUCAGAACUAAUCUACUAUUUUACAAAAAUAACCAUGAUUAAGUAUAGUAUAUUAACACAGGUUUUAUAAAUCGAUCUCUCAAUCCUUUAUUUUAUUUUUAAGUAAAGAUUAAACAUGAAUAUACUCAUUUGUUUUAUUAUUUUUAGCAAGGAUAAUUUUGUUAUGGAAAACUAAAAAAGGCAACAUGACUGGGUAGUUUGUCUUGGUUAGUUUCUUCCUUGUAAGCUGUCAUGGAGUUCAUAAACCGGGAGUCCUCAACCUUAGCAACUUUUAAGAGUUGUGGACUUCAACUCUCAGAAUUCCUCAGCCGGCAAAGCUGAGGAAUUCUGGGAAUUGAAGUCCACAACUCUUAAAGUUGCUAAGGUUGAGAGCCCCUGUCAUAGACUAUUUUAAGGAAGACACUCACCUGAAUCUUAGCAUAACUUAAGGAAAUUUAUGAAAGGGAAGAUUUCUAAUCCUUUUUUCCUCUGAAACCAUUCAUGUAUCCUAAAAAGAUGUUUUGGAGAACCAUGAGGUUUCCCUGAACUAUGUGGGAUUGGAUGGGAGGAUUUGUCCGAAAUUAUAUUUAGUUCUUAGAUGUCAACUUGAGGAAGGUAAGCGAAGGAAAGUUUCUUGUCAGGUUCUAUAGAGAACAAAAUGGGUUUCUGGGAAAAGAAAGAAACAGGAUAUUUUCUUUCCAUGAGUUUCCUUAAAUUAUGUUAAGGUUACUGUGCAUAUAACCUUCUGAUCAAAAUUGCAUAAAAUUCAUGUAUUCACUCUGAUGCUAUUCUGCAACAUUUCUGUGCAAUGUAAAGAAAAUAUGCUACCUAAUAAACAUGCAAAAAUAACUAGAAUGGAUUCUAUUUCAAAAGUGAAAUGCCAAUUAUGGCUUAAGAUUUCUCUGCCCACACAUAUUUACACAUGCAGCCCGCCCCUUCCUGUCCAUAUUACCAGAAAGAUUUGAACUUGCAUCAACAAAAGUGCCGUUGAAGGCGAAGGUUAUCUAUUGAUUCCUGCAGGGCACAGAACCGAUUACUUGCAGGGCUGCCUGUCUCUAGUUGUAUUGUUCCAUCCCAUGCCCUCUGCCAAGGUCCUGUCUUUUGACCGGACCUAGGAAACAUACCACUUCCAUGGCAAUGCCUGGGUCUCGAAUGAUCUUCCCUGAGCUUCAGUGGGCCCUGAUUUUGCUAAUUUUUUACAAGGCAUUAAAAAAGUGAUUUUCAGGCUGGGAUAUUAGAUGUGCCACCUUGGGAGAUAGUAUGAUAUCGUUUACCAGCUGGAUUGUAUGUUUUGUUAUUAUUGUUGACUACAGUUAACCAUGCCUUUUUAGCUGUUCCUUGGCAAGUUGAUAGCCAUAUAAAUUGAUUAAAUAUCUCCUCCUCCUCCUCCUCCUCCUCUUCCUAAACUCUAUCUAGACAUAGUACCAUGCUAUGUAUUCCAGUACUAGCUUGGUUCCCUUACCCCGUCUCAUGGGAAGUUGAAGUAUUAAUCUCAUGCUAUUUUGAGAACGGUGAGAUGGAAUGUCAAAAUCAUACUUAUUGCUAAUGUAUGGAAUCUCACUGAUUUGUUGAAAUGAAAUCCCUAGUAAAGUUAAUCCCACUGAUGCUCCGUUUAGAGUCCCAGAAUAUACAGCAGCAGCAAAAUAUACUGUCAUCAAUAUAAGUUGUGAUUGAUGAAGCAUUUAUUUCAAAAUACUGUACUAAUAUUGUUUUUUUCCUUUAACAAUCAUGCUGACUUAUCUAAUGAAUGAUGCAGGACUGAUCUCAUUGUACAAAUAGAUGGGGGGGGGGUUUAGUCUAGUAAUGAAGAGUACAAAUUCAGCCUGUGAUCUUAUAAUUGUUUUUGAUGUGGCCUUACAUUGCUGAAAUUUAAAUACAGAAGUUUGUAAACUUUAGCAAUAUAUGCUAUUGAUCAUCCAAUAUUGUAUUCUCCUUUCUCUUAUACAACAGAUCUCCUUAGAUUAGACCCCCUUGUGGCUUCCAUGAUUUGGAUUUUUUAGUUAUCUUUGAGAAAAAUCAGAGGCCGGAUCCAUAUUUGAAGAGUGCAUGUUUUCCUUUUGCUAUUCUCCCAAUGAAAUCACACAUAGCCCCAUCAGAGCAGGAAAAACACAGGGACUUACUUGUGCUUAUAAAUUGCUUUCAAAACAGCAGUUUCUCAACAAGAAAGCAGUCUUGAGAGGCAUCAGGGCCUCCCAAAGAGGGUAUUUAAUUAGAAAUAUAUACUAGAAGAUGCAACUGAAGGGCUCUGACCUUCUAACUAGUUUGAAUGGACUCCUAAAUAAGCAUGGAAUUGUAAUAGUUUAAAAUUAAAUUUUUUUAUUACAAACGUAGAAUACACAUGAAUAAUGGAGUAGGUUUUGCCUCUUUAUAAAAAAUAAUUGCUGUUUUAGAUGACAUUUGUAACUGAUUGUAUUCGGGAACUUAGUGACAAAAUCACUAAAUGAAAUAUCUAUAUUGUACUUUCUGCAUUGGUGCUUACAUAUUUUCAUUUAUAAAGCAUUUUUUUUAAAGCAUUAUGAGAUGUAAUCUGGUUUACAAAUUCCAGGAGACGUAGAGUGCAAUAACAGCCAAAUAGGGAAGCUUUAUUGAAUCACAGCACAAAGUGUAAUAAACAUACUACUGAAAAUAAUUACAGGAAUGAAGUGGAUAUUUAUUUUCCUGGGCUAAACUGAAAUACCGCAGCUACACUGAUUGGAUUGCCACCCACCACAAUGACAAUGGCAUAUGAGAUUGGGCAAUUCUGAUGAAGUACUUGGUGAACAUUAACAUGGUUUACCUACCAGUUCGAAAAUAUUUUUAUGUUGUUUGUGAUAAAUGUAUAUAACUGAGUUUGCACUUCACUGGGUUUUUAAAGUCUUGCUGUUUGUAUAUGUUUGUGUAGAAGUAUAUUCAAUAAUAUCUAAAGCAAUAAGUUGCAUGUGGACAUAAGGCAUUGGUUAAUUAGAAUAAAGGAAAAGAAUGCA